AUGCGAGGCCGCGAACCGCCGACCCGCCGACCUCGGCUACGCGAAAGGAAAGCAGAUAACCGCAGAGCUGCUGUGCACUACAAGCCAGUGAAGAAGAAGACGAAGUGGAACAAGCAAAAGAAGAAGAAGACGAAGGAGGAAGAUACGAAGCUGGCCCGAAGGAAAGAAUAUAACAGCUGCGCCGAUGUGAAAUGCGGAGAGACGGCCACUUUUCUACUCGUCGUCCUCCGGGGCGGAGGGGCGGCCCGACGGAGGCAAGAAAACGACGCUGCGCCGCUGUGGGAGAACGUGAACACUGCUAUACUUUCUUCAUUGUCGCCUUCUUACGCCUACUCAACGGACGGCGCGGGCAUGUCCGCCCCCUUCCUUCCUACUUCCCCCGGUGCGGUUUCGCGCGGGUGCCGCUUCUGGUGGAGGAUGUACGGCGCCGGUCCAGUGCACGUCCGCCGCGAUUCCGCUUCAGCCUCCUUCUCUCCUCCUCCUCGUUUUCCCUCCGGUCUCUGGCGCGCCUCUUCAGGGUUUGUACACCGCCGUUUCGCUUGUUCUUCUUUCUUCUUCUUCCUUCCCUUGCGCUUCGGGCGGGUGCGCGCGCGCGCGGAGAGGGCAGCCGGACACACAGAAGACGAGGAGGAGGAAGAAUAA